GUGUUGGCGAUUCUAGCUCUGCGCUCUGCUGCUGCUGCUGCUGUCUGACACAGAGAGUUUUGCCUGUGGCGCGCGGAGGUGCGACUGCGAGCCCGAUCGAGCCACACACACACGCGCACCCAUACACAGAGCAGCAGCACACAUACACAGAGAGAAAAAGCUGUGCGACUUGCCAGAGAGUUGCGAGUUGCGACUGAGACUCGCGUGAAUGUGUGCGAGUGUAUAUUCGCCAUUUUAGUCGAGCAUAAUUCGUCGUUAUAAAACGCGCUCCGUAUCUACUGCGUCGCUCGGCUAUACAAUACCUACACGAAUUCGCGUCGAUCGUCUUCUAACGGGGCCAGCUUCAGCCGCUCUCCGUCCUUUUUUUGUGUUCUGCAGUACAGCCAGUGCUAAUAACAGACAAUCUUUGGUGCGCGACCGAGCGACUGCUGUCCCCUGCGAAACAUUGCCCUGUGCGCUGGCUGCAUACGUCCGAUUAUUCCAUUAUUAUUCGAUAUCUCAACUUGUCCCGCGACUCUCCCUGUCAAGUGUCAAGUUUGUGUAGGUGUGUAGGUGUGUGUGUCUGUGUGCGGUGGCAAGUGCUGCGACGACGACGAAGCUUCGAGUGUUGUGAUUAACACACACACCCACACACCCACGAUACAUCAUUCGGACUGCAGCUGGCAUUGAUGACUGCUGCAUCCACUGCGGUAGAAGCCCUGAGUAUCCGAUACUGGCUAUAUAAUAGCUGCUGAGCAAAGAGCACAAGCGACACUUGGACCAGCUCUUCUUUUUGUGCAUCGCUCCGAUAGUGCAAUAGUUUCGAUAGUGAUUGUGAGCUUGGCUAUACGUGCAACCCUUGAAACUGCUAUAACGAAGACGACGGAAAAAAGAAAGAGCAGCAUCGAUAACGACUGCUGCUGCUGCUGCUGCUGCUAUACCAUCAGAAAGAGAGAGAGAGAGAGCUGAGCUCUUAAAAAAACAUCUACAUCUCUCCGCAACUAUAUAUAAUACAAAUCCUACUCGGGUCGUCUAUUCUCCUAUAUAAAGUAUAACCUCGUGCGCGUUGUCUGCUCCUGUUUUAUUUGUGUAUUAUUAUUCUUUCGUUUCUGUCUGCCUGCCUAUCUGUAUGUUGGCUGUGUAUAGGCCGAGAACGAGACGUGGAUACAGCUAUACAUAAGUGCAAGCAACCUUACAUCUGUACGUGUACAUAACGCGUACAUAUAAAUAUAGCAUCAGCAACAGCAGAUAUCCAGAGCCAUACACAUACGUACUACAGGCGAUAAAACGUGUAUAGGUGUACAUCAAUCUUAAUUCAUCUAGCGAGUCAAUAACUUGUUACUCGCAUUGACACUCGUUGUCGUUAUAUGAUACUUUCCAUCGUACAUGCAGCGAGCCUAUAUUGCUUGCGCCUACACGUAUGAAUAAGUGCAGAUAAUGGUAUCCUUUACAAUAAUCGUCGCCACUGCUGCUACUCAUUAUUAUCGUAGUUUCGCUUAAUCAAGAAGACGUCAGUUAGUGUGCGUGUGUGCACAUGUGUAUAUGUGCGCUGCGAUUAUCGUCGUUCACAGCAGUUCAGUCUCUGGCCACGCGCGAGUGUGCGUGAUAUAUUGUGAUCAGUGGUAGUAUGUAUACUCGUACAUAUACAUAUACGUGCAGCUCCGUCGACUCAUUUUGUCGUCGUCGUCGUCUCUAAAGUCUCAGUGCGCGUAUUGUGUGUGCCACAAGUCUAAAUUGCCUCCGCAGCAGUGAGCAACGAAAGCGAACGCAGUGCCUCUGGCUCGAGUAGCUGAAAAAUCGACGAGGAAAAAUUUCUCUCCUCGUUGUCGCCAGCAAGGGCAAAAAAAGUGCAAUAGCCAGAGAAAGAGAGAGGGAGAGAGAGAGAGAGAGAAAAAGUGACCGCGCGCGUGUGCAUGUGUGUGCGUCGUGUGGCUCGGUGCAAAAAUUGGCCCACGCGUGUCUUGUGAAUUGUGAAUGUGUAAGUGUGAGUCUGUCGGUGCGUCAGACGGUGCAUCACAGCCGACGCCGCCUACUGCACUCUUGUCCUAUGCAAAACUCCUCGCGAGUGAGAAAAGAUGAUGCUUAGCUCUUACUGCGACAACAACACGAUCGAGCAGCCACAACAGCAACAGCAACAACAACAACAGCGAGGCAUCAGCAGCCAAAGGCGGCAGCAGUACAACUACUACUUCGUUCUCUUACCUCUUUGAAAUCUCUGACGUUGUAUAUCUACAAACGACGACAACGAGAGCGCUACUCUGAACUUCUCAACCGCUGCUGCUGCUGCUGUUGCUGCUGCUGCUGCUGCUGAAGGAAGGAAGGAAGCAAGUCGUAUACAAAGCAGCUAAAAAGGACUCGCAGUGUCUCGAGGCAACGACAGCCAAGCGAGAGACAGAGAAAGAGACAGAGAAAGCGAGAGAAGCGGCUGCUGGCUAGUGAUACACUGGUUCCUCCCCCUCCUAGCUACUGCUAGCAUUGCUGUUGCACGGGAGAGAAGACGAAAAGCUUCUUUCUUACAAGCUAACCAUGGGCUCGCGCGGCAUCCCAUCGGAUAAGAUUAAUCUGCGUCUCAUACUCGUAAGUGGCAAAACAAAAGAGUUCCUAUUCAGCCCGAGCGAUUCUGCGGGUGACAUAGCUUAUCAUGUCUUCGAAAAUUGGCCUGAAGAUUGGUCAGAGGAGGCGGUAGCCAAAGCGGAAAUCUUGCGGCUAAUAUACCAGGGUCGCUUUCUGCACAGCAAUGUUACGCUGGGAGCUCUUGGUCUUCCAUUCGGAAAGACGACGGUGAUGCAUCUGGUGCCACGGGAAAACCUUCCCGAACCCAAUUCUCAAGAUCAGAGACAAAAGAGCAAAGGCGGAGGGAGUAGCUGCUGUUCGGCGUCCUGUUGUAUCCUGUAAAAUGUCUACAUCGCUACACAAAAACACGUACAUACAAGCGUAUAUACACCCACAAAUACACGCAGAAAAUGGCACAUAAAUGUGUUUAUCGAUGGCGAUUGAUUGAUAUUUCCUGCUUAUGGUCUUAUGUUUUAUUUUGAUUCUACUCGCGCAUCGGCCAUUAAUUUUUAUCAGACUCUGAAAGAAAUCGAGAAUCGCUCUGCAAGGAGACACGAGCAAUGCCUGUUCAUACAUCCAUGAGUAAAGUGUACACGGCAUAUUAUAAUUUUCAAUCUAUCAAAAGUAGUAAAAUCAGACUAUGCUGCCGAUAAAAAAACAUAUGCAUCGUCCUAGAGCGAACACGAUGAAGGACAACGACUCAUCAUCUGGUACUGUUUCAGCUACAUUACAUCUACGAAGGUUGAAAUCGUCAUGAUAAAAAGAAAACUUGUAAAUCAAGCUGCAAUGUGGCCAAAAGAAUUGUUUCGUUUGCAAAGAUGCAAAAAGGGAGAGAGUGAGAGCGAAUGAGAUACCGAUAGACGCGAGAGCAAAAUCAGAGCGCACUCUUAAUUUUGAAUAUAAAGCCGAUCGUGUAUAAGUACAGAUUUAUCUGAAACGAAUUAUAGUCAAUUUCCGCUCGUUGUUGAAUUUCCAGAGAAAAUAAAAUAUAAUGUCCGAUAAAUUAUACUGUGUUACGUAUACAUUUAUGGUAUAUGAUUUAAUCAUAUAAAUGUGAGCAUGACGAGGAGGAUGUUAAGAUAAUAAAUAAAUAUUAUAAUGACAAAUAGCUAAAGCAAUGAAAUGGUUGUGUAGAAAAAGGUGCGAAUCAAUUCAUAAUAUAUUUUUAUUAAUAUUAAUUCUACGUUCGAUUCCCUAAUAGGAAAAAAGUUAAAAAUAUUGUCAUUAUAAGUAUUUAUUGAUAAGCGAUGAAUAUAUAGUAUGAAAAAAAGUAACUCAGAUCACAGACGAGAUUUUAUAAAAAAAAAUACGAGUAUAAAAAAAGGAUCAAGAGAACAAAUGCGGUUUAUUGACUUUCAUACAUUACCUAAGCCAGAGACAAAAAUUGCAUAUAAUUACAAGGAGAAAGAGUCAUCACUUUCGAUAAAGAUCGGGGGAAAAAGCUUUUACUUCUAUGCAUACGAUAUAUAAUUUUCUACUUUAGACACAAGCCUGUAGUUUACACAUGCACAUACAUUCAUAUACAUACACACGCGCGCACGCGUUAAUGAGUAAAUAAAAAUUUUCUUAUUCGUGUCGUCACUAAAAAAAUUUUCCUUUAAGAUAAUAUAUAUACUGACUUUUCGAUCUUUUGAAGAGUUUUCAAUGUAUAUUUAUAAUCAUGAACGCGAAAAAACUCGAAGGAUACGUCUUUACGUAUGUAUAAGUGUUUAUGUAACCAUAUGGAUAUUAUUCCUUCUUUCAUUACUUCUUUUUCAGCCUUUCACUUUUUUACAAAUUGAAGCGUCGUGACGUGAUAACCACGAAGCUAAAACGUAAAUCGGCCAAAAAAUACAUCACUUUGCUUACAAAAAUCAAUUCGUUGAUAUUAAUUAGUUAAUUGCUUAAAUUAUUAAGGUGUGCAAACCAUGUCACCUCUACUCUCUCCCUUUUCUUCGUUAAGAUGAAAAUUGCGAUUAUGUUUCACUCAUCAUGACAUGUUAUUUAAUAACAUUAGUACCAUCGUUUUUCGCCAUUUUUUAUGUACAAAUACUAGAAUAAGAAAAAAUAAAACCGCAUGAUUUCUUUAUUUGCAGUAAAAAACUUAUUGUAUAAUUGCUAUCGAGAAAGAAAAGUAAACAGAGUCGUAUUAUGCGUAAUUUUUUCUGUAAACAAGAAGCUUGAUAAAAACUCGAUGUAUCCUACAUAACGAAAAUCGAUAUACGUGGUAUAUGUGACUAUAAAUAAAAAUCAAGCGCGACAAUUAAUUAGUUGCAAACGUCAUUCAAAAUUGAUGCAAGUACAUGCUUAUAAAUUAUGUUACAACUUGCUGUAACGAAUGCAUAUUGGUAUAAACGUGUUCCAACAAUUGCACUAUGCAAUACCCUAAAGUUUUUUUAAUUCAUAUGCCGUACCUAAAAGAAUAUCUAAUAUGUCGUUUAAAAGACGUGAAAGCCAAAAAAUUGAAAUGGCCUAUGUGGAUGUGAACCGACGCUUUUUGUUCUAACUCGAACUAUUAAAAAUGAGCAACAGUAUCGCGAAAAUGUGACUUCUUUGUUUUUCAUGUACUUUACCUUUUCGAAGGAUACAAAACUGGUAUCAAUAAAAUAAGUGUAUAAAUACAUAAAAUUUGGGGCAGUAAAACAAUCAUUCGUUGACAUUUUGGUGUAUAAUGUACGUUGUACGAAGUGUAAGAAUAGAAAGUGUAUCGAUGGGAAAAAAUACAAUAGUUAAACAAGAGCAAAAUGUGAUGAUAUUUGCGAUGUUAAAUGAAAAUUUUAAAAAGACGAUGAGAAUGAAAUGAUUUAUAAUUGAUAUGUUUGAUGAUGGUGUGCAAUCGAAUAUCCAUGUACCGUUUUUAUUUCUGUGGAUGAAUGAAAUGUGCUUGAACAAGUAAACAAAAAAUUGAUGUUACAGACAGGAGGUGUUUCAAAAAAUCGAUCUGAAUCAUUGCGAGCCAAAUUUACUAUGCUACCGCUGAAGGUACUGAUAUCAAAAGAUAAUAAAAAAGCACCUCCGACUGACACACACAUACAUAAUUAUUAUAUUAUAAAGUAUGAUACAACCCUGGGAAAAAUGUCUCCGUGAAUUAAAAGAAAUUAAGUAGUAAAGGCAGUGACGACGACGAUGGCACGCGUAAAUAAUGGACGUGAAGCAAAACAAAAUUUUCACAUCAACUGCAAAGCCAUUGUUUAUUCCCUCCUAAAUAACUAGCUGAUAGAAGAGCUAGAGUUAAAAAAAAAUUAAAUGUGUAAAAGUUAAAAAUUUUCUUCUUAAAAAUACGUGCUAUACUUAUACAAAUAAAUACGAUAUCUAAUUAUUAUUGAUAAUAUACCAAAUUCAUCACCGAGCAAUUUUUCACCAGGGCUGCUUUUUAUCGCAAGGAGAAAAAAAGGUUGAUAAUGCGUGAGAAAUAAGAAAAUAUUAUCAUUAUUAAGUUUAACAUGAAAAUAAAAGAUAUUGUAAUGAAAAACGAUGUCGAAGGCUAAAUAUUAGGCAUGAGUUGACUUUUUUGGGCAAGAAAAAACUCAACACCUAUACACCAUACAUUAUUAUAUAUAAAUAUAUAUAUAUUUUAUUGCUAGUAAAAUUAUCACAUAAGUACGGCAAUGUAACAUUCAUCUGUACAUAGAAACAAUAACAAUUAAUUAUGAAUUAAACUUUCAAACUGACUAAUAAGUGUUUUAGGGGUCAGAAAUUGAGAAAAAAAAGUUGAAAUUAAAUUUUACCGCGUAUGGAAUGGAUUGUCAUUGAUUAACAAUGGUGAACUUUCCAGAGUACGUUUGUUAUUAUUUUCACAAUAUGAUUGUUAUUGCGAUUGUGAAAACCAAUUUAUUAUUAUUAUGAAUGAGAAAAAGAAAUAAUAACUAGACAAAAUGCGGAUUUUUAGGAGAGUCAAAAUGAUUCAAUGAAUAAAAGCAUAGAGUUACAAAAUAACUAAGUAAUUUUGAGGUCACAAAAGUAAAUGUAAACGAGCGAAAGAUUCAGCGGCACUCGUCUCGUCGAGGACGGAUACGAUAAUUUGAAAAUACAUAUGCAAUAAAUGAUGUAUUUUGAAAGGUAAAAAAAAAAUAUAAAACAACAAAAUAACGUAACGUUUUCACAUUUAGAUCAAUUGUACAACGCAUAAAAGUACAUUAUAGUAUCUUCAUAAUCGAUUUUUGCUUUUUUAAUGUCUGUCCAAAAUUUUUUAUUGCUUACAACUCAAUGAUCGUUUUAUUGUAUCCUUCAUACUUUCUAUGCAUAGAUCUUCUUGUAUUCGCACAAGGUUCAAUUUUUAACUUCUGUCGCGAAUAAGAUCAAUCAUAAAUAAGAACGAAAAUAAAUUAGUUGACUAUUUACGUAGAUGCGUACUAAUUAUGAUUAUUGUAAAAGAGUAUGAGGGAAGAAAAAAUAGCAUCAUCUUAUGCUCGUGUCCAUUCUAUCGACGAGAUGCUGAGUCGAUUUUUUGCAGAUUUAUUAUACCUAUAUUAGGCUUACGUUACAUACCUCAUUUGUAAAUAUUAGAACGUAUUUUUGUCGUCUAUGUAAAAUCAAGAAGAAUUUUAACUAAUGGCUUAGUUCUUAGCAUAACGAAAAAUAAAGUUGAGAACAUAAUGGGAAAAAAUAA